AAACAGUGGCUUAAUAAUGCGUAUUAUAUAUAUAGGUGAUGAUUGGCACGUACAACGACUGAGUAUUCAGACCACAGAAAAACCAAACACUGAAACUGAAAUCGAAAAACAAUAAUGCUUGCUCCCAAUUUCGACCGAGAUGAAGUAAGAGAACACAUGACAAACAGUCAAACCAACUUGUGUUUUAAUGGCCUAGAGAUGUUUCUACGUUGAUUACACUGCAGACGCACUGCGGCUUUAAUUCAUCAGCUUCUGUUCUCGUUUUUUCUGUAAUCAUCAUCAGCUGCAAAUGGUCCUGCAUGAUGCAUGAACAAUGACAACUAAACCUUGCUUACAAAUCAGACCAGGCAUUAGAGAUGGCUGCUGAUGAGCACCAGGAGCUCCAACUGCAUCUGCUUUUUGAGUUGUCGCAAGGAUUCUGCUUCCACCCGGUGCGCGCGGCAAUGAGCGUAUCAAGUAGAUCAUCCCAUUCUUUCGGAUUCACAUCAUGUCAGAAUCAUCGACCCAUAUAUCAUCCAACACCAACAAAUAAGCAUUUGUCUUUCAGUUAUAUUUUUUGUCAACUGUCUUUAGACCUUUAAGAUGUCUUUCAACUCUUUUUGUCAUAUUCAGAAACAUAUAUGCCAUAUAUGCCAAUCACAGAUAUGUGUUUCAACUGUCUUUAGACUUCCCAUAUUCAGAAACAUAUUUUGCCAGGGUACUUUUUCCAGAACCUGGAAUGCCAUAUAUGCCAAUCACAGAAUAUGAUUUACUAGUGCUGGAGCUGGAUGCAGCAGCAGCUGGUCCAUCAUGAAGCAUCUGGAUGCAUAUUACAAUCCCAGGUCAGUUGUCGCCGAUAAACAUGGAAACAGUGGGCUCAUCGUCCUCCCUCCCUCCCUCACUGCGCCAUGCUCCUUCUUGGGGAUAUAUUUUUCUCUGGAAUGUGCAGGAUCUUCCGCCAGUUCUCGUGUCCCUCUGCUUGGCAGGUUCUACUGAGGACGCGGCACCCAUGGAUUUCAACCUUCGCAAGCGACGGGGGCAGGGUUGGAAGGCGCUCCAUCCUAUCGCACCUCAUAAUCAAUACACUCUGGAGCGAAACAAGGAGCUCCAUAUUUUCUGGCAUGCUGUCCCAGUCGCAGAAGCUAACUCGAAGCUCACGCAGACAGCUGAACAGCUCGGUGCCUUCUUCAGGAAAAGAUGCCAAUCGGUUGCAGUUAUGGAGCUCAAGCUCUUGCAGGUACUUCAGCGCUCCUGGACUCUGGCUACUCAGCAUCCAGCUAGGGUACCUCGAACCCUUGUAGCGGUUGAUUGUGAGUGCUGCGAGAUCCUUCGGGGGGCAAAGGCCCUCAAGGACCUCUGCAGCAACGUCUGGAGUCUGGCCUCCCAUCAUCCAGCCAUGGUACCUAUGGUUGGUUGGAUCCUCCGGCGGUAAAAGGCGGUUAAGUAUCUCUGCCACGGCGUUCGGAUCCCCCGCCUGACGGACAGAGAAUGACAGCUCCAGUUUCCUUAGUCGUUCCUUGCUGGCUAGGUGUGCUUCAAGAGCUUCCUCUUUGCUUCUGACGAUCCCCAGACCGUCAAUCGCCAGAGUGCCUCGAAGGUUGUUCAGGUGCUUCAGCUGCUUCAGUUCGUGCCCCUGUUCUCUCUUCACUUGGAAGUACCGUAGCGAUUGGAGCGACGUCAGCCUGCCAACGUUUGCGAAUCCCAUCGACGACGAAGAGCUGUGCCGCAAGGAAGUGAGAUUCUGUGUCACGUCUUUGGCGCAGGAAAUCUUCUCAGCAUAUAUGCUCUGCAUAUGGUAAAGUUUGCUAAAUGUGCUUGGGAAAAUAAGCUCCACACUGCGAUGAGAACAGUCCAGAUUAAAGCUUAGAUAACGCAGAUGCUUCAUCUGAUCGAUAGAUGCUGGGACUAACAACGCUCGUUCAUGGUACUGUCUCGUUGUAACGACCAGCGCCCGCAGUUUCCUCAGGCUCCUGAACAUUCUGUCCAAGACUUCCUCGUUAACUAAGGCGCGACCUGACCGUUCCUCAGCAUCUUCAGCUGCAAAUGUUUUCCUCUUGUUUUCGCUGUACUCUUCGACGAUGAUGAGAGUGCGUAGAUUUACCAGACCUAGAAUUUUCUUUGUGAUAGCUGAUCUACUGUCAGUCCCAGUGCCAACAAAGAGAUGGCGAACCUCCUGCGGAAUAUGUUUUGGUGAGCUAUUUGAAACGACUCUGAAGCAUUCGCUUCCGCUGACCCUCUCUGCCAGCUCGUGUAGCAGGUCAUGAAUCGUGAACGCCUCCGUUUCAGUGCCAAAAACUGUUCUUUCUAUCUGCAGAAAUGAGAAGGUCCGCAGUUCGUUAAUGUAGUGCAGGCCUAUAUCUUCCGGUUGCUCUGUUGCAUUAACCCUGGUGUUUAUGAACCCUUGCGCUAUCCAGAUGUGAACCAACUCGUCUCGUACUAACCUGUAUCCUCUGGGAAAAGUGCUGCAGUAUGCAAAGCAUCGCCUGACGUCUACACCUAGCUGCUGAUAGCUCCACCACAGAGCUCCCAUUGUUUCGUCCAACAUGUCAAGGUUCGCUGUUGUCUCCCAGAAAUCGAUGCUGCUGUUGCUCCGAAGCCGUGCUGCCACUGUGACUGCUGCAAUGGGUGAUCUGCCGAGCUUUUUCGCAAUUUUUCUCCCUAUUGCUAUAAACCUUCCGUCACCAACACGCUUACAUCGUCAUAAAGUUGGCUUGCAAAUCCGGUCUCUCUGCGACCAAAAAAGAGAGCGGGCGAGGCGCGGCGGCGGCGGAGUGGCUCGCGGGUCUCCCCUGCGGCGCCGGGAUGGGGCUCCCCAGGAGGGGCGCGGCGGGUGGUAGCGGGUUGGUCCCCUCCUCUCCCCUCUGCCCGGUCGCCCGGGCCUGCAGCCAUUCCCUAGAUCCAGUAGUCUGCCCGGCGGUGUCCGGCUGUGUCAGUUCGGCGUUGUCAGUGGGUUUGGUUUCAGGCAAGGAUUGCAGCGAGGGGGAUUGUGAUCCUGUGGCAGAUCGUGUGGAGCAGUUCGCGCAGGAGAGGAUCCCCGCAGCUGAGAAGAUGAAAUGGGGACUUGAUGGGUCACUGGGUUCUCUGCAGGACUUCAAUGCGCCGGAUUCUCUGCAGGACUUCAUUGUGCCCGGGGAUUUGAAGGCUUGCUGUGACUUGUCUCGUCGGUAUGGGGUGCUCGGCGGUUCGUCGCCAAGCGACAGCUCUCGCCGCCCUAUCCUUAGGCCGUGCGACGAAAAGGGGAAGUCAGGUGUCUUAGCGGUAGAAGAGGAUGGCUGGUCUGUUGUGAAGCCUAAGUUCUGGUGGCGGAAAAGUUCAAAUUUUCUUGGGGAUUUCAAGCAGCAAGAUGUGAUCCGAGGAACCGAUUUUUUCAAGCAACAGCUCAGAGGUAAAUGUUUCAAUUGCCUGGCGUCAGAUCACUUUGCUUACCUCUGUUCGGCACCUGUUCGCUGCUGGCAAUGCCUACAAGCAGGUCAUAAGGCUAGGUCAUGUCCUGGCAAUAUCUACCGUGGGAGAUCCCAUUCAAUUCGUGAUCUACCUGGGUCACUCAAGCAUUCAAUCCAGAAGGGCAGUAAUUUCUCCUCGAGCUACCAGCUGCUGAAGCCUCUACCCGGCCCUCUUCAAAUGGGACAUGAACGGCAGCCUACACUUCACACUUCUUCUGUCCAGCCAAACAAGUCGUAUCUCCAAGCUGUCCAGGGAGGCCAAGUCAUGGAAGCGCGCUACCCCGGUGACCCUCGGGCGCGGCCUGCAAGAGCAGUCUGUGCCAUCUCGGCGACCGGGUCGAUCCGUCGUCGUAGAGAUGAGUUAAUCAGUAAGGCAGUGGUUUGCUCUUUUGAUGGAAACAGUCAUGAGGUGGAUGUGCUGUCAGCAGGGGAUAUGCUGAGAGAGGCUUUUGAUCUUCACCACGGUCAGUAUCAACUUGUCAAGCACUUUCCAGAGCAGUUUUUUAUCAUCUUCUCUGAGUCAAGAAUCAAGCAAUGGGCGCUGGAUAGGAGGUCGGUCUCCUAUCGUGGUCGAGUGUUCCACUUUGGGGACUGGUCAGAGGAGAGCUAUGCCAGGAAGACCAACUUUGAGUUCAGAGUCAAGGUCAGGGUGGAGGGAAUUCCGGUUCACUGCUGGGGAGAAGAGGUGGCUGCUAGGGCUUUAGGUAAGAGCUGUGCUAUUCACUAUGUCCAGGAGCGCUCGAGGCGUAAGGAGCGCACGAGAUCCUUUGAUCUUUGGGCUUGGUGUUCGGAUCCUUGUGAUAUCCCCAAAGAGGUCUCGCUGUCUGUUGCAGAACCUGAUAGGGAGCCCCCUCCUCCUGGUGCCCCGCUACCUGUGGUUGGGGUUUUUCAUGAGUUGCCAACUGAUCUAAAGGAAGGCCAUGUUUACACCAUUCGAAACCACAUUGAAGUCGUGGAAGACCUCUCAUUCAUUCGUGGAAGGGAUGCUAGAGAAGGUCCCACUUGCCGUAGGCCACGCAGAGAAUUUGUGUGGAGCUACGGCGUGCCGGACUCUAUCGGAGAAAAAAGAGAGAGAUCAGAGGAUCGCAGAGGCAGGGAUUUUGGUCAUCGAGGCUGGGAUCAUGAUGAUGAUGAGGACUUUCAGCAGGAUAGACGUCAUGGCACUCGUAGGCACCGCAGUCUUUCGGGCUGGGCGCGUUCUUCGCGGUGCCGUGGCGGUCCGGAGGACUGCUUCAGUUCAAGUGGAAGGCGCAGGCCGGCUACCCCUUUUCGUCGUCGUGGGCUGGUUGGGCGCUGGAUUCCAAAGGUGAAGGUCAGAUCGGUCUCUUUUGCUGAUCCACUAAUCUCUGCUGUUUGGCCCCCAAUUGGUGUGGAAGAGCUGGAAGAUGAAAUUGGUGCUAUUCCUGCUGGCGAUUCGAUUUCAGGCGUCCUGACAGCACAGCAGCCUCGGCUUGCUGUCCCUUCCAAGGUGGAUUUGAUGGAACAGCUUGCAAGGCAUUUCAUAAGGCCCCUUACUAAGGAUCAAAUGGAGGCAAUUAUGGAGUUGGCAAUUCAGGGAAAGGAGAAGGAAGGGACCAAGAAGAAGGGCAGAAAGGUGGCACCUCUCAAGGCUCCUUUCAUAGAGGCUGCUGAGAGGAUCUGAGUGAUGUUUUUAGAUCUUGUGUGGGUCGGUCUGGUGCAGAAUGUUAUCUCGCAUGUGUAAUAGUCUGUGGGUCACCCAACUACUUUUGAUGACUGCUUUGGGUAGCAGGUUGUGGGAUUGUCAGCAGUGUUUUUUCGUUUGGCUUGCUCUGUCGGUGUUUCAGUCUGUCAUUAUUUCAGGCGUGGGAUGCUUGCUUUUCCCAACUAGCAAUGUGCUGUUGUCGCUGGUUGUCUGGUCAGGUCCUGUCUUGUGUGGCUCUACUUGGGCAUGUAGGGGAACUACUUUUGAUUAAUGAAUGCCAACUGUUGUAUUUUGUCA